UGAAUCUCCCACCUGUGGACAGGCUGACCCUCACCAGAGGUCCAAUGAGUUCAGUAAGGGGCUCAGCCAUCGCCAGGAUCAUUGGAAGUCAUGCCACAUCACUGCGUUUUGCCAACACAGUGAAGAUGUGGGUGUACGAAGAGAACAUUAAUGGCAGGAAGCUCAGAGACAUCAUCAACACGGAGCAUGAAAACAUCAAGUACCUUCCGGGAUACAAACUGCGGGAGAAUGUGGUGGCUGUCCCGAAGCUGCGUGAUGCCGCAGAGGGGGCUGACCUGCUGGUGUUCGUGGUCCCUCACCAGUUCAUUCUAAGUCUCUGUGACGAGAUGAAGGGAUGUGUGUCCCCCAAAGCUCGGGGAAUCACUCUUAUAAAGGGUAUAGAUGAGGGCCCUGGGGGCCUGAAACUCGUCUCUGAUAUCAUCCGAGAGAAAAUGGGGAUUGAUGUCAGCGUCGUCAUGGGAUCAAACUGAAACAAGAAAACUGGAGAGAAAAAAAUCAAGAGAUCUGAAAAUAAUACAAAUGGGCUGCUUUUCAAAGAGCUGCUGCAGACUCCAAACUUCAGGAUCAGAGUGGUGGAUGAUGCUGAUACAGUGGAGCUGUGUGGAGAUCUGAAGAACAUUGUGGCAGUGAGGGCCAGCCUCUGUGACGGGCUGGAGUACAGUGACAACACCAAGGCGGCUGUGAUCCGUCUGGGGCUGAUGGAGAUGAUAGCCUUGGCUAAACUCUUCUCCAAGAACGGCCCUGUUUCCACGACAACCUUCCUGGAGAGCUGCGGUGUGGCCGACCUCAUCACGAUAUUUUACGGCGGCCACAACCGACGAGUGGCGGAGGCUUUCUCGAAGACGGGGAAGAGCGUUGAGGAACUAGAGAGGGAGAUGUUGAACAGACUGAAUCCUGCCACCUCUGUCCAGGUGUACCACAUCCUCCAACAGAAGGGCCUGGUGGACAAGUUCCCUCUCUUCACAGCAGUCUAUCAGAUUUGUUUCGAGGAGCGACCCGUUCAACAGAUGAUUUCCUGCCUGCAGAGCCACCCAGAGCAUGUGUGA